AAGACAACCUGACUGGCGGGCGGUGCGUGAUCCAAGAAUGUUGGCUAAGACUCUUUUCAUCGUUGCUGGUGAGUGAGUUUUCUUGCUAUUAAGUGGUUGAGAUUUUUUGUUUUUAAUUCACAUUCGUAGCCGGUACUAAAGAAAAGUGCUCUGUAACUACCAAUUACUCAGCAAUAUAAGUGGGUUUUUUUAAAUAUCAGUAAAAUGCAGUGGUGUUAAAGUGAUUCUUUAUUCAUGUUUAUAAACAAAAUAUUUUUUUUUAAUGUAAAAACAUGUAAUGAGCAUAAUAGCUCAAAUCACUAUUCCAACAUCUGCACUGCAAUGUAUUGAUAUAGUGAUACAUUUUUGAUAAUUUUAACAUAGCACCAUUCAAUAAAAUUAACAUUUUUAAUAUAAAUGGUAGAGAAUAUUUUUAAAUCAGUAUUUUAAAUCAAAGUCAUAUCAGUUCAAUAUUAUUUCAAUUUAAAAAAAAAAAAACACAAGGAAAAAAAAAAGGAUUUUUCAAGUAAAAAGUCUCCUGCCACAAGCAAAUUUAAAAACAAUACUGUGACGCGCCUGACGACGGCAAAAGUAGCACAUGAAAAUUAAAGGUCUUCUUAAAUUCCUGAACUAAACGAAAAUAAUAAUGCGUUUCUAGAAAUUACGUCUAAGAUGAAUUUAUUUGCCUUCCGUCAGAUUUUUGCAAUAAAAUAAAAUUUUGAAAAACACCAAGACGUCUGUCUGUGUUCAAUGUUCAACUUGAUCCCAAGGUUUGAAUCCAUUCUGCCACCUUUAAUCUUAAUCGCAGUUUCUUUAAAAUAUGCGAUCAAGAAAUCAACAAGGAGAGAGCGCUCACGAACUGUUUCAGAAACAUAGAAUUACUAUUACUAUAUCUUAUGCGUUGCAUUUUUUUUUCCAUUAAAAUAUCAAGAAAAAUGGUUGGUGAAUAGAGUAAAUCUGUAUAGAUUAUUUCUCAAAUCACCCAUGACAACAUUAUAGGUUCUAAAAUCACCCAUAACAUCACAAUAGUUUCUCAAAUCACCCUUUAAACCAUCACAAUUUUUCAAAUCACCCGUGACAGCAUCAUGGUUUCUCACUUCACCCUUAAAGCAUUGUAGCUUCUCAAAACACCAGUGACACCAUCAUUUUUUAUCAAAUAACCCAUGACACCAUUAUAUGUUCUCAAAUAAUCCAUUAUAUCAUAAUACUUUCUCAAAUCACCAAUGAUACUAUCAUAGUUUCUCAAAUCACCCUUGACAUCAUAUUGGUUUCAAAAAACAUCCUUGAAACCACCAUAGUUUUCCCAAUCAUCCUUGACACCACCAUUGUUUCUCAAAUCACACUUGCCACCACCAUAGUUUCUCAAAUAACGCUUGACGCCACCAUAAUUUCUCACAUCCCCCUUGACACCAACAUAGUUUCUCAACUCACCCUUGACACCAACAUCUUUUCUCAAAUCCCCCUUGAAACAACAUAGUUUCUCAAAUCACCCUUGGCUCCAACAUCGUUUCUCGAAUCACCCUUGACAUCACAAUAGCUUCUCAAAUAACCCUUUACACAACAAGAGUUUCAUAAAUCUCCCUUUGACACCACCACAGUUUCUCAAAUCCCCCUUCACACCAUCAUAGUUUCUGGAAUAUCCUUUGACACCACCAUAGUUUCUCAAAUACCACUUGACACCACCAUAGUUUCUCAAAUCCCUCUUGACACCACCAUAGUUUUUCAAAUCAUCCUUUACACCACCAUAAUUUCUCAAAUCGUCUCAUGACACACCCAUAGUUUCUCAAAUCACCCUUGACACCACCAUAGUUUCUCAAAUCACACUUGACAACACCACAGUUUCUUAAAUCAACCUUGACACCAACAUAGUUUCUCCAAUCACCCUUACACCAAUAUAGUUUCUCAAAUCCCCUUUGACACCACCAUAGAUUCUGGAAUCACCCUUAACACAUUAUAGUUUCUCCAAUCCCCUUGACACCACAAUAGUUUCUCAAAUCCCCCUUGACACCACCAUAGAUUCGCAAAGCCCCCUGGACACAACCAUAGUUUCUCAAAUCCCCCUUGACGCCACCAUAGUUCCUAAAAUCCACCUUGAAACCAACAUAGUUUCUCAAAUCACCCUUGACACCAACAUCGUUUCUCAAAUCACCCUUGACACCACAAAAGUUUCUCAAAUAUCGUUUGACACCACCAUAUUUUCUCAAAUCACCAAAUACACCAACAUAGUUUCUCAAAUUCCUUUGACACCACCAUAGCUUCUCAAAUCACCCUUGCCAACACCAUAUUUUCUCAAAUCAUCCUUGACACCAAAAUAGUUUCUCAAAUUACCCUUACCAAUAUAGUUUCUCAAAUCUCCCUUAACACCACCAUAGAUUCUCGAAUCACCCUUGACACCAAUAUAGUUUCUAAAAUCCAGUUGAAACCAACAUAGUUUCUCAAAUCACCCUUGACACCAACAUCGUUCUCGAAUCACCCUUGGCACCACAAUAGUUUCUCAAAUAACCCUUGACACCACCAGAGUUUCUUAAAUCUGCUUUUGACACCACAAUAGUUUCUCAAAUCCCCAUUGACACCCAUAUAGCUUAUCAAAUCACCCUUGACACCACCAUAGUUUCUCAAAUAACCCUUGACAUCAUCAUAGUUUCUCAAAUCACACUUGACACCACCAUAGUUUCCCAAAUAACCCUUGAAACAACCAUAGUUUCCCAAAUCACCUUUGACACCACCAUAGUUUCUCAAAUCACCAUUGACACCAAUAUAGCUUCUCAAAUCACCCUUGACACCACCAUAGUUUCUCAAAUCCCCCUUGACACCAAUAUAGCUUCUCAAACCACCCUUGACACCACCAUUGUUUCUCAAAUCACCCUUGAUGCCACCAGUUUCCCAAAUCAACCAUUGACACCACCAUAAUUUCUCAAAUUACCCUUAAAACCACCAUAGUUUCCCAAAUCACAUUUGACACCACCAUAGUUUCUUAAAUAUCCCUUGACACACCAUAGUUUCUCAAAUCACCUUUGCCAACACCAUAUUUUCUCAAAUCAUCCUUGACACAACCAUAGUUUCUCAAGUCACCCUUGACACCACCAUAUAUUCUAGAAUCACCCUUGACACCACCAUAGUUUCUCAAAUCACCCUUGACACCAACAUAGUUUCUCAAAUAACCUUUAACAUCAUCAUAGUUUCUUAAAUCACCCUUGACACCACCAUAGUUUCUCAAGUCACCCUUGACACCACCAUAGAUUCUCAAAUAACCCUUGACACCACCAUAGUUUCUCAAAUUACUCUUGACACAAACAUAGUUUCUCAAAUCACCCUCGACAAUACCAUAGUUUCUUAAAUCACCCUUGACACCACCAUAGUUUGUCAAAUCACCUUUGACACCACCAUAGUUUCUCAAAUCCCCCUUUGACACCACCAUAGUUUCCCAAAUCACCCUUCACACCACCAUAGUUUUACAAAUCACCCUUGCCACCUACAUAGCUUCUCAAAUCACCCUUGCCAACACCAUAUUUUCUCAAAUCAUCCUUGACACCACCAUUGUUUCUCAAAUCACCCUUGACACCACCAUAGUUUCUCGAAUCACCCUUGACACCAACAUAUUUUCUCAAACCACCCUUGACACCAAAAUAGUUUCUCAAAUCAAACGUUCGCUUUGAAUCGGGGGGGGGGGGUAAGAUUUUGGCAAAUGCGCAUUAUUCGUAAUCUCGCAACUCAUUGCGAAAUCUGCAAAACUUUGUUCUAGUCUAUCACGUCAUGCUCUACUGACCACAGUCAUAGCGGAGAAAAUAUGUAUCCAUAGCCAACGAGAUAAAAAAAUAAGCGAUGCCAUUAAAAAUAUCCAGUAUAAUAGUAAUGGGAUGUUGUUGACUGGCAAUGUGUUUAGUUAGUUCCGUGAUAAGUGAUCCGAUAAACACAUAGGAUUGGCGCCCUCAUAACAAAUUUUCUCGUUGUUUUUUUUCAAUUGCAUUUUUUUUAAAUGUAUAACAACAGGUUCAGUGGAUGAUGGCUGAAUUUAGUACACAUGGCGCCCCAAUUCUUUACACAUGGCACUCCGAAUCUGUACAAAUGGCACCCCAACUCUGUACACAUGGCACCCCGACUCCGUACACAUGGCACCCCAACUCCGUACACAUGGCACCCCGACUUUUUUUAAAAAUGACAGACCUGACCUACUCUGUGCACAGGACACUGUUUAGACUCCACGAUAAACCCUCUCUAUGCACAUGGCCAAUCUUAACUGUUAUUUUCAAACAGGAAAAUAAUUUAUACAAUAAGAUGUAUUAAGUUAUUUUUAACACUGUCCCUAUUUCAGCAGUUUUGCACAUUGCCGAUUCCAUCUCAACGACAGCCACACCAACAGCCACACCGACAUCCUCACCGACAACCUCACCGUCAACGUCACCAACAGCCUCGCCGUCAUUAUGCAGUAACCAGACUGAGCUAUGCGGACAAGAAUUCAGAAAAGCAUCAGCCACAAGGUAAUUGUUCUGUCAAAUGACUGUAUGAAUAGCUUCUAUACUGUCAUCUCGGUCAUCACUGUCAUCACUGCCAUCACUGCCAUCACUGCCAUCAUUGUCAUCACUGUCAUCUCUGCCAUCACUGUUAUCACUGCCAUUACUGUCAUCGCUGUCAUCGCUGUCAUCGCUGUCAUCAUUGUCCUCGCUGUCACGGUGUCGUCAUUGUCAUCACUGCCAUCACUGCCAUCACUGUCAUCACUGCCAUCACAACCAUAACUGUUAUCACUGUCAUCAAUGUCAUCACUGCCAUCACAUCUAUUGGGGUUAAAACAGAGGAAUGGUUUACUUUAAUACUUUGAUACCAGAAAAAUUGUCUCCCAUUAAUAUAUUUUUGUUCUCUACGGCCUUAUAUAAAGGGAAAUAAAGAAAAACGAACUUUUAACGGCCAAAAUUCAAUCUUUUCAACUUGUUGUGGUAGCUACACUCAAACCAUGUUUUCAAACGUGCUGUUAUGCACGUUUUAAUAAAUAUUCAUAUUUUUUUAAGUAAAACAGUUUAAUAUUGUCCCCGCCACGGGAUGUCGCAGACAGUGAUAUUCUAAAGACCGUAACUAUCUGUUGUAUCAAUGAAGACGUUAGGUCUCGAUUGGUUACAGUAAAGGAUGUUCCACGCCAUGAAAGCCUUGCAUGAGUUGCUGUAAUGAAAUAAAUUAUCACCUGUAAAGAAUAACUUAUAUGCCAUCUUAUUAAACUCGAAUGAGAUUGAAUCCGUUUUGCAUGACAUAAGUCACAUUUUAAAAUGUUUGUUGUUUACACAUGACUUGGGCCAUCUUACAUUUGACUUGAUUCAUCUGACCUAUGACUUCAGCCAUUUGCAUCUUACUUUCAACUUGAGCCAUCUGACCUAUGACUUACGCCAUCUGACCUAUGAACUGAGCCAUCUUAACUUCAACUUGAGCCAUCUGACCUUUGAAAGUGAAUCAUCUGACUUAUGACUUGAGCCAUUUGACAUAUGACCUAAGCCAUGUGACCUUUGACUUGAGCCAACUGACCUUCACUUAAACCAUCUGACCUAUGACAUGAGCCAUCUGACCUAUGACUUGAGCCAUCUGACCUAUGACUGGAGCCAUCUGACCUUUGACUUGAACCAUCUGACAUAUGACCUAAGCCAUGUGACUUUAGACUUGAGCCAUCUGAACUUCACUUGAACCAUCUGACCUAUGACAUGAGCCAUCUGACCUAUGACUUUGGCCAUAUGACCUAUGACUUGAGCAAUCUGACCUAUGACUUUGGCCAUCUGACCUUUGACUUGAAACAUUAGACCUAUGACUUGAACCAUCUGACCUCUUUCUGGAGCCAUCUGACCUAUAACUUGAUCCAUCUGACCUUUGACCCGACGAAUGACAAACUGUUAAAUAUUUACUCUUCAUUUUUAAAGGUAAGUUUUACGCCAGUUUCAAUGUCAUGUUUAUAUUUUGUAUCGCACCAGGGAGGCGACGUUCGAGUACUACGCCUGCGUCAGAAACCUGAAGAUAUGUGACGCCAAUGUGGAGCUGCUGACGCUAAAACAGGAGACGCUGGCCGCCAUUGUGAACCAGGCGGCUUGCAGUAAGUCCAUGACAUUUGUCUACGUUCAUCGUAACAUAUUCCUACGGAGUCUCUCUUCUCGUUCAUAUGGACCAGAGGCGUUUGCGUUAAGAGUAUAACGAUAUAAAUAACAAGCACAGCCAAUUGAUUAAUUUUCAAUUAUGACAUGGAUCUAUCAUCUUAGGCCAAGGUGGGGAUUAGAAUUAAUAAUAAUGUUCAUAAAGCUUAUUUUAAAUCACGCUUCAUACCCAAAGGUUGGAAGCGCGGUACAAAGACAUCCAUAUUAAAAGAGAAAUGAAAAAAUCUAUAUUUUACCACAUUAAAAUACAUAACGCAACAUUACGAAAACCAUAUACGAGAAUACCCAUUUUAAGUCCUUCAUCCCUUGCAACCAUAAACAACACAGGCCACUAAAGUUAUAGGAGAUAAUAGCUAGCUGGAAUUGAUGGUAGACAACAUCACCCCAACAGGUGUUUGCGAAAUAAAUAUGUUUUCAAAUCGGUUUUGAAAGAUUCCAGUGUCUGGUUGUUUCUGAGAGCGACAGGAAGUGUGUUCCAAAUUUUUGGGCCAGCAAAUGUACUGACGCUUAUGAUAUAUGUCUUGUCUAGUCCAACUCCAGAUACGCCUCUGGUCCUGAUCUAUAUAUUAUACAACGAAAUGUAAAAAACAAAUCUACUUCAAAGCCCUUUUCCCCAAGAAGAAAGAAUGUAAGAGAAAGCUGUUUACUAAGCCGGACCUAGAAACAAAUCCCUAUUAAUUGUGGAAAAUAAUUCAAGCGUGAAGUUGAACACGUGCAAUGCUGAACGUUUCCUUCUUCUUUAAACACCAUAAGCGUUAUUUUUAUUUUAUUCGGUUUUUACUGUUGUUUGUCCGCUGAUGAAGGUUUCAUGUCUACACGUUGGUUGUUUUGGUUUUUUUAACGUAUUUUUUGUUUCGCUUAUUCCUUUAUAGACAAAAUACGCCACUCAUUAAAUACUUAUAUACGUUUGUUAAGUUCAAUGUCAGAUGAUACGCCUCCUACUGCAAGUCUUUAAUUUAAAAUAACUGUAUAAGAUGUGGUCAAUAACAUGUUGAUUAACACCAUGCAAGAUUUAGUUAAACCAUAAAGCUCGCUUUCCAAUGGUUGCAGUUAUAUUCGAUAGCCUGGCAAUAGAUGUCCGUUCAAUAAAUGCAUCAUUUCAGAGUAAUUUUUUCCUGAGUUGCAAUGAAGAAAUACAAAUAAAAAAUCAGCAAUACUAUUAAGUUAUUUUAACCCACCGUUAACCAUCACCCUCUCCCACCCCCAAAUGGAUUUGAAAAGAAGAAUAUCAUAAAGAUUUGUUAAAACUUUUAAAUGAUUAAUUGUAUUUAGUUAUAUAAAGCAUACAAUUAUAAAAAUACAGAGCACAAAAUAACAUCGAAUAAAGAUAUCAAAUACCAAUGACGGAACAAAAUGAUUUCUUUGAAAACAAGUGUCACUAAAAUUUUUGCAGAAAUUAUGUGUUUUUUGGGUUUAUUUUUUUAUACAAUGAUGUCAUCGAAAUUGGAGCUUUUCCUUAAGGAGAAAAUUUGGAUAGUGGAUUUUUUUAAUACAAAAAAAAAAGGGGGGGGGGAGGUUGUGUUAGAUGAUUCAUUUCUAUUUUUCUUUUAAUAUGCAUUUGAGUGAAAAAUUCGCAAAGAUUGUUGGUCGCGAAAUGCAGCAACAUUUUGAUUGCUUCCUCGUGAGCAAUGUUUACUCCCGCCCCCCACCCCCUGGGGUCAUUUACCUCAGUUAGCUGACCCCUGUUAUGAAUUAUUUUUGAAAUUUGCGCACCGCCAUCUUACAAUUCCCCCCCCCCCCUUUCUCUAUAAAUACGGCCAUUGUUGGAGUAUCAAUAUUAUACCUUCUAAGCCAGGCCUGCACAACAUGAGACCUACACAACAUACGACCUACACAACAUAAGACCUACACAACAUACGCCCUACACAACAUACGACCCGCCUUACAUUUUGAAUUGUGCAGGCCUGACCUAGGCUAUAGAAUUGUUUCGUAAACGGAUAGCAACAUUUUGAUUGCUUCCUCGUGAUCAAUGUUUACUCCCGCCCCCCACCCCCUGGGGUAUUUUACCUCAGUUAGCUGUCCCCUGUUAUGAAUUAUUUUUGAAAUUUGCGCACCGCCAUCUUACAAUUCCCCCCCCCCCCCUUUCUCUAUAAAUACGGCCAUUGUUGGAGUAUCAAUAUUCUACCUUCUAAGCCAGGCCUGCACAACAUGAGACCUACACAACAUACGACCUACACAACAUAAGACCUACACAACAUACGACCUACACAACAUACGACCCGCCUUACAUUUUGAAUUGUGCAGGCCUGACCUAGGCUAUAGAAUUGUUUCGUAAACGGAAAUAACACCAAAGUUUUAAAUAUUUUUUUACGCGUUAACUAAAUCGUCCAAUUUAUUGUAUUCCUCUUUCGUUCCCAGAAGACAGCGCCCACUAUGCCACAGCGCCCGCCAUGGGUCAGUCGGUUCUGCUGCUCGUCUCAUUCCUGCUGACGGCCCAACGACUGGCCCGCCAUAUAACACUUGGCAAUUAGCCUCAACACUGGAGGGCCACAGUCUCAGGGAAUGAACUCUUUCACCGUAGCUAUGAACUAGAGAAUAUUUGCAGUAAAAUGAAGAUGGCAAGUGAUGAUGCGUUAGCUGCGUAUCCAUGAUGAGGGGUACUCCAAGCACGCACCAUUGGUCAUUUCACGGAGUCGCGUAUCCAUGAUGGGGCUACUCCAAGCACGUACCAGUGGUCAUUUCAUGGAACUUCUUAUUAUAUGGAUAAUCUAUUUAUUUAUUUUAAUAAUACAGUGUCAAGCGUAGUAUGGAUUGUGUUCCUAAACCAAGACAUGUUUAUAUGUUAGAACCACUCAGACUUAUUUAUGUUACGUACCAUAGACUUCUUUUUAUGUUAGAUCAACCCCAAAAAUAAUUUAUAUGUAAGAUUAGCCCCCUAGACUUGUUUAUAUGUUAGACCCCCCUAAGACUUGUUUAUAUGUUAGACCCCCCACCCCGUUAACAUAUGUGCUUCCGUGACGUAUCAUUACCCCCCACUGUAGCUAUCGCUACAUUGAAUGAACAGCCUACAACUUAGGAUGUGAUCUCAAACCGUGCUGGCUGGGGGUACACAAUGAUGAAUUGCAAGAACAGAAUACCAAUGACUGUCAGAUUAAGGUGAUUUAUUCCAAUGUGCCUGAUUGAUAGGAGGUUGACUUCUGUAACUGUCAAUGUAACAGACAAGUCAUAUUGACUUAUGAUCUACAUUUUACAGAGAUUUUGUUACAGAAAAUAUUAGAGACGUAUCCAAUAUUUCGGUUUAUUUCGUAAUAUAAAGUGUGAUGGUAAGGGAAGUCUCACAGACCGUCUGAGAUAUCACAAAGAUCAUGCUCUCGAUCUGAAGGAAUACGAACCUCUGAAAGUGAAUGGAGUAUUGAUAUUAUGGAUUAUUGAUAGUUGUCCUUGUUAUCACAAGAUUGUGGUUACUGGUAGAAUGUUGAGAUUUAUAUCAUUUUGAUUAAUCAUGUUUAAAAAAUCAAUUUGAUCUAAUUUUCCACUGUGGUUCAUUAAAUGACUGUAAUUUAAUGAUAAUUUUUAAAUUAAA